GCCAAGCUUCGAAUGCCCAAAGAGCACCUGGAGCUUCUGAAGAAGGAAAGCCAGACCCUUGAGAGCAAUUUUCGGGAAAUCCUGUUUCUCAUUGAGCAAAUCGAGGCCCUCAAGAUGCUGCUGAGGGACAUGCAGGAGGGUGCGCACAACCUCAGCUGGAAGGUCACGGGGGACAUGCUCACGGGGGACCAGGACGCAGCCGAGGCUCCAGACGAGGAAAUGUCCAACUUGGUGAAUUACGUGCUGAAGAAGCUGAGAGAAGACCAGGUGCAGAUGGCAGAUUACGCCCUCAAGUCAGCCGGAGCCUCCAUCGUUGAGUCGGGAACCUCAGAAAGCUACAGAAACGACAAAGCCAAGCUGUACUGGCACGGAAUAGGGUUCCUCAACUAUGAAAUGCCUCCGGACACCAUUCUUCAGCCAGACGUCCACCCUGGGAAGUGCUGGGCCUUCCCCGGCUCCCAGGGUCACACCGUCAUCAGGCUGGCCAGGAGAAUCACGCCGUCUGCUGUCACCAUUGAGCACAUUUCAGAGAAGGUCUCUCCCUCGGGAAACACCUCCAGCGCCCCCAAGGACUUCUCUGUCUAUGGCAUCCUGAGAAAGUGCGAAGGGGAAGCAGUGCUCCUGGGCCGGUUCAGGUACAACAAGUCGGACAGCACCGUGCAGACGUUUGCACUGCAGCGCCAAGUUCCUGAAUCCAUAUCAUGUGUGAAACUCAAGAUCCUGAGCAACUGGGGACACCGGCAGUACACGUGUCUGUACCGAUUCAGGGUCCACGGCAAGCCCAGCGAGCACAGCUAG